AUGACGAGCUGUACUGUAUUUUAACAAGUAAUUGAGCGCUUUUUAUUUUAUGGCGGCUCCACUAUGAUGACUUUCCAGGUUAACCCAUCGCUACCGACAGCUAAGGCUUUAAUAUCACAGGGAAGCUCCAGCUGCAGCCAGCGCGGCCCUGAUGCAGCUGAAUAUCCUCCGUACAGGAACUUCGGGAUGGGAGCAGGCGGGGGACCAGCAGCUUUCAGACAAAAUAGUGUGGUAAAGAAGAAAUUUCCUGUGAUACAGCCCUUGAGUGAGUCCAGGGACUGGAGGGAUCUGGUCAGCGACUUCAUUGUUACAGGGUCGCCAAAUCUAGCCAAAGAUGUCACACUGGAGUUGGAAAACACUGACCCAAAGAAAGACCUCUGUGGCAGACAGCUUGUGUUUGAUACUAAAUGUACAAGGUUUGAGAGGACCAGAACUGUUAUUCCUCCUCUUAUGAGAGACUAUGGUGUGAGCAGACCUGGCAGCAUGUAUCCCUUGAAACUGUCCAAGGAGAUUUCCUACAGCCACUCUGGUCGGCCCUUCACCUUGGGAUGCCCUGAAAGAUACGAACUCAACACAACUCCAGAAAUUGUCUUUCCCUCCACAUUAGUCCUCAAUGGCCGAAACACCUUCACAGUGGGGAACUGCAAGCUCAGCAGGCCUAAGGUGAAUUAUCCAACCUACACACUGCAGACUGUUAGAGACAAUCAGAAGAGCCAGCCCUUUCCAGAUCCGAUGGUGGGAGCUCCACGCUCUUUCAUCCACAGGGUAACCGAGCUGUCCGUGUUGGAGGGGGAGACGGUGAGACAAGAGAAGCUCAAGAAAAUGAGGAAGCAAAGGAAACCUCCAUCCUGACAAUCACCUUCUCCCGAGUUACACGGGCUAAGGAUCAAAACUUUGGAGUCUGUGCCAACGAGGUCAGAGCAAAACAAAACAUCAUGGGCGCCGUGCUCCUUCCGGUGUCUUCUUCUUACUGCUUGUUUGUCCUCAGUGACAUUAGUUUCCUGCUUAUCAUGGCUGGUCUUAACAUUUUGGGACUCCUGACCUGAGCUCCUCACCUUUAGUGAUCAUAUGCAGUAUUUACUAUGGAAAACGUACAAAAAUAAAUGCUGAAAUCUUAUUUUAUUUAGUAUUGUUUAUUCAGAUGUCCCAGCUGCAUGAAAAGAUCUUUAUUUUACCUCUCUAAUGGCUUGUAAUGGCUGUUAUGUAAUACUGCCAUAUUUCUCCAUGUAUCUUCUAUAUGUUUCCGAUGCUGUUGA